GUAGUGAGCAUGGCAGCUCCAGACGAGAAGGAUAAGGUGCAAGUUAAGGAAUUGGACGAGUGGAUAGAGCAGCUGUACGAGAAGAAGCAGUUGGCGGAGAACCAAGUCAAAACUCUUUGUGAAAAGGCAAAAGAAAUUCUGACGAAGGAAUCAAACGUACAAGAAGUCAAAUGUCCUGUCACAGUGUGCGGAGACGUUCACGGUCAGUUCCACGACCUUCAGGAGCUUUUCCAGAUCGGCGGAAACUCACCAGAUACGAACUACCUGUUUAUGGGAGACUACGUUGACCGAGGGUACUACUCAGUAGAAACAGUAACACUGCUUAUGGCUCUGAAAGUAAGGUACAACUACAGGAUCACCAUGUUACGUGGUAACCACGAAUCAAGACAAAUCACUCAGGUAUACGGAUUCUACGACGAGUGUUUGAGAAAGUAUGGUAACGCUAACGUCUGGAAAUACUUCACUGACUUGUUCGACUUCCUACCCCUCACUGCCCUUGUAGACAACCAGAUAUUUGCCCUGCACGGUGGACUGUCGCCCUCUAUCGACACACUGGAUCACAUCAGGUUCCUGGAUCGUCUCCAGGAGGUUCCCCACGAGGGACCCAUGUGCGACCUGCUCUGGUCUGACCCAGAUGACAGAGGUGGCUGGGGAAUAUCACCUCGUGGUGCUGGGUACACUUUCGGUCAGGAUAUCUCCGAGACUUUCAACCACACCAACGGUCUUACUCUCAUCUCCAGAGCUCAUCAGCUUGUCAUGGAGGGUUACAAUUGGUGUCAUGAUAAGAAUGUGGUUACCAUAUUCAGUGCUCCAAACUACUGCUACCGCUGUGGCAACCAGGCCGCCAUCAUGGAACUUGACGACGGACUUAAAUACAAUUUCCUGCAGUUUGACAGCGCGCCGCGCCGCGGAGAGCCCCAGGUUACUCGCCGUACGCCCGACUACUUCCUCUAAUCGUCCUGACGAGAGCUCCUGCACUCUGUCCAUGAUGAUGACUUCAUACUUAAUUAAUUAACAUUUAAUUUGAAUGAUUUAGGAGACUGCCAUGCCCCCUUAAAUCUGUGUGUUCCGAGAUUUAUUUGCAAAGCCCGAUCGACAGAACCGUAUCUGCUAUAUGAGUAUAUCAUGUGGACUCUUGAUGAAAAUUAACCAAGCCUCGGUUUUUUUCUGUGGCACUAGGAAACACAUUCUAAAAUAGGUUUGCAAUUCUUUUGACAAUAUAUUUUCCUACUUUUUUUCUUGUUGUCGGGUGGUAAUAAUUAUAUUACCGAUUAAAAUGCAAUGACUAUUCCUUCCUAUCAAAAUUUCACCAACGUAUGAGAAUUCAUGCUGAUGGAUGUUGAUUUACUGGUUUUUUCUUUUUUGCGAUCAUUAACUUCGUGCUCAGCGUCUUGUCUGUCUAGUAAUCAGCCAAAUCUUUCGGCUUGACAACUUUUGUUAUUGCUAUUAAUUUAGUGUGAAAAGCUGUCAUUAAUCUCUAUAUAAUUGAUAAAUUGAUUUAUAAAGUCGGUCCAUUUUAUAAUCUUAAGGCCCACAAAGAGAUUCACCUGAAUAAAAACUCUUCAUCCUUGUUACGGGCAUUGAAUUAAUGUACUCUGUGUAUAUAAUAAUAUUCUAAUGGGAAUUUUAUGCACCGACGUAUAAUAAUUAUUUUGAGCCCAUUGAGAUAA